UUUUUUUUCAUUCAAACAGGAAUUUCUCCGCGCAGAGAAACGCUUUUGGUAUUCCAGAAAUCUUCGAGAAUUUUCUUUGAAAACUCGUUCCUGUCACACAAAAACUUCAAAAUGAUGAAGAUUGUCGGUUUGUUCUGCCUGGUGGCUGUUGCUGUUGCUCGUCCCCAGCAAAAUUCGUACGGACCUCCGUCCAACAACAACAACAACAACGGAUAUCGUCAGCCUCAACAGAAUGGUUACCAAGGCAAUCUUCUGGGUGCUGCUCAAACACUUGGGGAUUCCGAGGCCGGUAUGCCGUACCAGUUCAACUGGGAAGUCCGGCCAUACGGCAUGGUCAAGUUGACCCUUCACCGCGCCCCGGAAUUCAACAACGAUUACUCUCACCAACAAUCCAGUGACGGACGUGUGACCCAAGGCGAAUACCGAGUCUUGUUGCCCGACUCCCGAGUGCAGAUCGUGCGCUUCACCGCUGAUGAGAACGGCUAUACUAAGUCGGGAGAGUAUCAGUUCCACCCCCGCGGUCAUCUCAAGCAGUCAGACAGUGUCAGCAUUCCUCCGGGA